UCGCUUAGAGCCAAUGGAUUCACUCACACGGCUUCUUCAAUUCUACCGUUGUUUAUAGAUUCUCUCUCUGAAUCUCUCUCUCUCUCUCAUUUUCAAGGGGGUUGAACAAGUUUUGCUAUAAAAUUCUUCGUCAUUUUUCGCAAACCCAUCUCUCUGUAAGUGAAACCCAUCUCUCAAAUCUUUCCAGAAAAAAGUUCCCAUCUUUAAGGAAAUGGACUCUUGUUCAGGUACAAGGAAGACUUGUUUUAUAGAGGAAGAUGAUGGUUUGGCUUCAUUAGCAGAUGUGGAAACUGGGUAUUCCGGGAAGACUCAGCGUCCUUUCUUUUCGAGGUCAAUCUGUUACUCAAGGAGCAGUAGUUUAAGGAAUUUGACACCGGUGUCGUCGACGGUGUCCUCUCCAAGAUCUGUGAGGUUUUAUGAUGCUAGAUUCGAAGAUAAUCAACCCCAUUUCUUGGAAGCUUGUUUUCUUUGCAAGAAACCUCUUGGAGGCAACCGAGAUAUCUUCAUGUACAGAGGGGACACACCAUUCUGUAGUGAAGAGUGCAGACAAGAACACAUAGAGAUAGAUGAAGCCAAAGAGAAGUGGAAUCUUUCAUCAUCAAUGAAAGCUUUGAGAAAGAAAGACCAGAAGAAAUCCUCUUCUCCAACUAAAGCCCAGAACCACCCCUUCCGUACAGGCACUGUUGCAGCUGCUUAAAUCAAGUUCAUAAUAUUAAUAACCAAUACCCCUCCCACACCCAAAAAAAGAAAAAGGAAAAAGAUACAAAGUAAGAAGAGAAUUACACCUUAUAUAACUUAUAGAAAGUUGUAUAGUUUUGAAGGGAAGUGCUCAAGUAGUGGGAGGAGAUUAUGAGGAGUCAGAAGACCCAAUUUCUGUUUUGUUUUGGGUUGGUUGGCCUUUCUUUAACUCACUGUGAAUGUUAUAUGUGAGGGGGAAAAAAAAAGCUUGUCUUGGAGAUCUACUCAACUCUUUCUGUGAUGGUGGUUGGGUCUGCUUUUUAUUUGUUUCUGAUGAUAUAUAAAUCAGCUUUUCUGGGUAAAGAUUUUGUGGGGAGUUUUUAUUUGGUUUGUUUUGAUUAUGUGAUAUGUAAAAGCUAUAAUGUUUCAAUGAAGAAUGAUGGUAGUUAAAUUUCUCA